AUGACCACUACUCUGCCUUUGUCCACCGGCUGCCGACUUUGGACAAGGCUACGGGGGGAUGAGCGCAACGUCGACCGUGGUAAUUCCUCCGGUGAAGACAUGAGUGAUAUCGUAAGUGAUAGUGAUGAGGAAAUGAAGGAAGCAGCGGAGCCGAUCGAGGCGACCGACCAAUAUGAAGAUUUAGAGCGGAAUGAUACCGUUCAAGCCGCGAUUUCCGCCCCGCCUUCACCACUUCAGCAGAUUCAUGUACCACGCACCUCAACCAGCGCUGACCCGGCGGCUGGAAGGGGCGUUAUCGGGAGUUCCACAGCUCUGUCGUUGCGGGUAUCUCCACGAGCAUUUCAAUCGAGCGCGCCUGCAACGAGGACUCACGUCUUGGCACCAGAUGAACGCAAAAAGAAGGCUGUGAUUAUUCGAAACAAACCCACUGCUCUAGUAAUAAAAAAAGGCAGCAGCACCAACGACAGGCUGCUCCUCGAAGCAGGUCCGGCCAAGGUAUUGCAACUCGAGAGCAGCAAGAAGUGGCAGGAAAUGUGGCUAGAUUUAGCGUCGGAAUGGCCAAAACAGUCGAAGGUCGUUUUUCCCAUAGUUUACAGUUCGCCUGCGCAGUGGGUUCAAGCGGCGAAAGUGGAAUCGAGACUCCUUCUCCGGAUGAUUCAACGAUUUCCGCAUAAAAGUGCAUUAUCGACGAUCUUGAGUGAUGAAACCGUACAGACAUGGACCGCGACCUGGCGACAAGAGUGUAUGUACUCCUGUAUAAUGGCUUACCGAAGCCGUACAACAGAUAAAGAUACUUAG